AUGCAGGAGCCUAUACUCGAUCAUGCAUCCGACAUUGCUGCUCAGCCAUCAGCAAUAAAGACGCCGAAUCCCUCGGCCUCAGACGCUGAAGAAGGCGAUGCGCUGGAUCUGGAAAGCCUGGACUUGCUCGACAAGGAGAUUCCCCACGACAAGCUGCACAAGCUGGAAAAGAUCGGCAGCGGGGGCUUCAAGGAUGUCUAUGCCGGUCGAUAUCGUAACGUCAAAGUCGCCAUCGGAGACCUACGGGGCCAUCUCACCGAAAAUGAUAUCAAGGAGCUAGGCUUGCUGCGCGAUUUGCGCCAUCCGAACGUCGUGCGCUUUAUUGGCAUAAGCAUACCGCCGACGCGCGAUAUCCCGUGCAUGAUCGUCACUGAGCUGUGUCAGAACGGCGACCUCUUUGAUUAUAUUCGUAACGUACCUGCGCCUCCGCUGACGAAGAUGAUUGGCAUCAUGCUCGAUAUCGCAAAGGGCAUACAAUAUCUUCAUAACCGGACGCCAUCUAUCAUCCAUCGCGAUAUCAAGAGCAGUAACGUCUUGAUCACGCAUCGCGGCGUAGCAAAGCUUACCGACUUUGGCCUUGCGCGAGUGAAGAACACGACGCGGUCCAUGAUCAAGUCGCUCGUUGGUACCGUCAAUUGGCAAGCGCCAGAGCUAUGGGUGGCGCAUCCUCGCUACAAUCAGACCGUCGACGUCUAUUCCGCGGCGCUCGUCUAUUGGGAAAUUCUGACGUGGCAUUUACCCUCGAAGAAGUACCCCUUCGAGGGCAUGAACGAGCAUGCGAUCUAUCAGGCAGCUGGCUCACAGAACCUGCGUCCGUCGACCGCCACGAUGCGCAGGCAGUGGGGAGGCGAUAUUGUCGAUCUAGUCGACACGAUGUGGGACGCGAAUCCUGCUAAACGACCUACAAUCACCGGAGUGAUACACUCCCUUCAGGCGCUCCUUGCUCUCGAGCGAGCCAGAUGA